AUGCCCAUCCGAGACGUAUUUUGCAUCAAAAACACCGGCCUAUCAUCAUUGCCAGUCAGUUUGAGGGCCCCUCGCCUUCACAUCCUGUGUCCCACUGGCCAGCACAUUAUCUUCAGGCACUCUUUCAAUCUCGCCCUCGAGUUUGACUCCAGUUGGAACGACGAAUUGCCCCGUACCUGGCGUCAACUGAAAGUAGAGGACUCUCCUCAAGGCUUGCUUACACGCUGGGUAGAGACCUGCAUGCGGGGCUGUGGCAAUGCGCCUUGGAUUUACCUGUUCAAUAAGGAUGCUCAUUGCGGGCCUGGCUGGCACGUUAAUGGGGGCGCAGUAUUCCACGAUUGCGGCCAUGCUUAUGUGGCAGUUUAUCUGGACCCUCACCCCGAUAAAGAGUACCCGGACUUACCAAAAGAAACACCAGCUAUGCUUGACUUUGUCCACCAUCUUUUAAGGCUUUUCGAUCUUUCUGUUUUUGACGACGAGAAUCUCGCAAAGACAUAUAUGUUCGACGACUUCGUACCAGAUAACUAUAUCAAGAUUCCUAUUCGUCGCGGCCAGUGA